AUGCACCUCGUGUUGCCGCUGCUGCUGGUGCUGGCCAGCCCGCCGAGGUGCGGGGCGACGCGGCCCUGCGCGGACAUCCUGGCGGGCGGUGUGCGCGCGCCGUGCCGCUGCGACGUGCUGCUGCCCGAGGCAGGCGACGCGGGGCCCGGGCUGGCCGUCGACUGCGACGGCGUCGCGUGGCCGGUGGACGCGGCGCUGCCGCCGGGGGCGCCCGUCGUCGCCUUCAGCCAGAGGGCGGCCGGCCUGCAGGCGCUGCCGCAGCACGCGCUGGGCGCGCCCGGACGCCCGCCGCUGCGCACGCUCGACCUCUCCCGCAACCUGCUGCGCCGCCUCACCGAGAGGUUGCUGGGCAGCCUGCGAGACUCCCUGGUGGAGCUGCGGCUGGCGGACAACCUGCUGGGCGACGGCCUCAACCCCGUGUUCUCCAGCCAGGAGCUGCGCGGCCUGCGCCGCCUCGCCCUGCUGGACCUCUCCAGGAACCAGCUGCGGGCGCUGGAGCCGGGCCUGCUAGAGGGAUGCACCGAGUUGCAGGAGCUGCUGCUGGACGGCAACGCGCUGUCUGAGGUCCCGUCUUCGUCCCUCAACGGACCCCGGGCGCUGUCUGUGCUGUCGCUGUCCGGCAACCGCAUAGAGGCGGUCCCGACCGGUGCCUUCUCCGGGCAGAGCUCCCUGGAGCGGCUGGAGCUAGCCAACAACUCCAUCACCACGCUGGAGGGAAGCGCGUUCACCGGGCUCUCCAGGUUGCGCUACCUCGGGCUCUCCAGGAAUCGGCUGGAUAAGCUCAACAGUGAUGUCUUCCAAGGUGCGGACAACUUGGAGCAGCUGGACCUGUCGCAGAACUUCCUGAAGGAGGUGCCGGCCGCCGCCAUAAAGGCCUUCGCUAGCCUCCGCCACCUCAACCUCUCUGCCAACACCAUACAGACCCUGGAGAACAGCCAGCUGGCCUCGCUGCCAGACCUGGAGUCACUGGAUCUCAGCCGCAACCGCAUCGCCAGCAUCUCUGCCGGAACGUUCCGGGGCCUCGGCAAGCUGAGAAUGCUCGACCUGGGCGUCAACAUGCUGCGCACGGUGGAGGACGGUACGUUCGAGGGGCUGCCGGCGCUGUCGCGCCUCUCUCUGCUGGACAACAACGUGCUGUUACUACCGGCCGCAGCGCUGUCGCGCCUGCCGCGGCUGUCGCACCUGCAGCUGGGUUUCAACCGCGUGGCGGCACUGUCGGCGGACAUCCUGCGGCCGCUCUGCCCGCGACUCGAGGCGCUCUCCCUGGCCAGGAACCUCGUCAGGGAGCUGCCGGCUGCCGUUUUUGCCGGCUGCGAACACCUCGCCGCCGUCGACCUCAGCGGCAACCUACUCGCCGGUGCCCUCCAAGGGGGCGCGGCGCUGUCAGGCGUGGGGGCGACACUGUCGCGGCUGCGCCUGUCGGACAACCGGCUGUCGGCACUGCAGGGCCCGCUGCACCUGCCGCAGCUUAGGCUGCUGGACAUCUCCGCCAACAGGCUGACGGAGGUGCCACCCCUGUCCAACCUGACGUCGCUGCUGCACCUCAACCUCAGCUCCAACCCCCAGCUGGGGCCGGCACUCGGGGGCAGCGCGCUGCGCAGCUUGCACCAGCUGCAGGUGCUCGACCUGUCCUCCGUGGGGCUCAAGCACGUCACUCCGGCACUGCUCGAGACCUGUCCCAACCUGCGGACCGUCAGUCUCAAGGGCAACCAGCUGCAGGAGGUGCCCGAGGGAGCAUUCGCGGCACUGCGCAACCUCACAACACUGGACCUGUCUGAGAACGCCAUCCUCAACGUGCGGGCCGGCGCUUUUUCCGGGCUGUCGUCACUCCGGGUGCUGCGCCUCCAGGGCAACAGGAUCUCCGCCUUCAAGGGGGAGUUCUUCCGUGGCACGGAGCCGACUGCACUCGAGGAGCUGGACGUGUCGAGGAAUGAGCUGAGCUACGUGUUCCCGUCGGCACUGAAGAGGACGCACCCGCUGCUGCGUGAACUGCGCGCCGCCGACAACAGGCUCAGCUUCUUCCCUGCGGCGGAGCUCAUCUCGUCGCUGCAAUUCCUCGACACGGUCGACCUCUCCGGCAACAACCUCAAAACUGUCGACGACCUCGACUUCGCGCGCCUGCCCCGUCUACGCAGGCUGCUACUCGCGCGUAACGUCAUCGAGAGUGUCAGCGAGGCCGCCUUCCACAAUUCCACGCAGCUACAGGAGCUGGACCUGUCGGACAACCGUCUGGAGCGCAUCGGCGAACGCCUGCUGGAAGGGUUGCUGCGCAUGGCGCGCCUCGACCUGUCCGGGAACCUGCUGUCGGAGCUGCCGGAGGCGGUGUUCGAGCGGGCAAGGCUGCACGCUCUGGAGGACGUGGCGCUGGCCAGGAACCGCUUCCAGGAGGCGCCUCUGCGCGCCCUCCAGCGGCAGUACUUCUUCCUCGGCUCCGUAGACCUGUCUGCCAACCAGAUCCGCGACCUGCCUGCCGACGACAGCACCCUGGUGAACAUCAAGCAGCUCGACCUGUCGGAGAACCCGCUGAGUGCAGCAGCGGUGGCGGCAGUGCUGUCGGAGCCCAAGACGGUGCGGCGGCUGCGGCUGUCGCGCGUCAACUUGACGGCACUGCCCGCCGGCCCACUGGAGACGCCAUUCCUGAGGGAGCUCGACCUGUCUGGCAACGCCGUGGCGCGCCUGCCACCCGCCGCCUUCGAGCGGGCCACCCUGCUGGAGGUGCUCGACGUCUCCCACAACCAGCUCUCCAGGCUGGACCGUGAGACGUGGCGGCGGCUGCCGGCACUGCGGGAGCUGCGGCUGUCGGGGAACCCGGUGGCGGCAGUGCAAGCCGGCGACCUGGACGGGCUGCGAACCCUGGCCCGCCUAGAUGCCAGCGACCUGCCACAGUGCACCCGCAUCGAGGCUGCCGCUUUCCGCGGGCUGAGGUCCCUCCAGGAGCUCGCCGUCUACGGAUACCCCAGGCUGGGCUUCCUGGAUGUGCGCGCCGUGCUGCGUGGCCUGCCCCCGCUGGAGAGCCUGGACCUGGAGGCGACGGAGGCGUCCCUCGGCAGCGACCAGCUGGCGGCCACACUGCACCCCCGGCUGCGCCACCUCGGGCUGCACGGCCGCGCGCUGCGACAGGUGUCCGGGGGCGCACUGGCCGGGCUCCGUGCAUCCGGCCUCGAGGUGUGGCUGCGCAACACGUCUGUAUCGUCACUGCCGCCCGCACUCUUCUUCGCGCUGCCGCGCUCCAGCCGCGUGCUGCUAGACGUGACGGGCAGCCGCGUGACGUCGCUCGGCGCCCCCGUGCUGUCGGCACUGGACGAACGGCGGGCCGGUGUCUCCCUGAGGGGCCUGGCUUCGAAUCCGGUGCGUUGCGACUGCCACGCGCGGCCCCUGAGGAGGUGGCUGACCGGGUCCACUGGGCGUGACAUGCAGGUCACCUGCGCGAGCCCCGCCUCUCUGUCCGGCCGCCUGCUGUCGGACGUGGACGACUCGGAGCUGACGUGCGACGCCGCCUCCAGCACCGCCGCGACGGAGGCGCCCGCCGCUUCCGUCUCCACGGUGCCGCCCCCGGCGGACGAGCCGGACAUCAUAUGGACGGCCAAGCCAGCCUCACGGCCCGGCGGCACCGCCGGCCAGGGGGGCGCGAGCGGCGGCGAAGGGGACGGCGGGAAACCGGCCGCGCCCGGUACGGUGCCUGGGCCGGCUGCGGCGGCGCCGGUGCAGCCGCGACCCAACGACGACACGCUCAUCAUCGGCAUCGUGGUGGGUGUCGUCGCCUUCAUCGCUAUCCUGGUGGCCGGGGUCUGCGUCAUCCGCGGGCGCGGAGUCGGCGGCGGCGGGGGCGGCGGCGGGGGCGGGAACGGUGCCGGCGGCCGGCCCGCGUCGUCCCAGUACCGCGGGGGCGGCCCCGGCUCGGCGCCCGGUUCUACGUGUACUUGUGUGAAACCGCCGGUGCCGCUGGCACCGCCCCCCGUGUACUACACGCUGCCCGGCAAGCACGGUCACCUGCGGGUCGCACCGGCGCCCGCACAGCAGGUGCCGCCGUACCUGCAGGGUCCGGGACCGGGGCCGGGGCUGGGGCCCAGCCCGUACUACCUGGCCUACCCUGCCGAGGACAAGGACUACCGGUGAACGGGCAGGCUACACACCUAGUGUGCACCUGCACCAGUGUGCAUCGACAGGAGUCCCUGGCGCCGAGGAAAGAACGGCUGUUAAAUCCCUAUUUCUUCGUCUGAUAUUUACACUGUAUAUCUGUUGUCCAUCUUCUGACUGAGCUGACAGACAGAAGCUACAGUACCUGAUCUACCCUUUUUAAACCCACAGAUGAGAGCUGUCUGCAGAAUGAACUGCGUACUAUCCACAACAGAUUUCGUAAGGCAUCAGAGAUAAAAACAAAAGAUCAACUCGAGAGGGGUAGGAGGUAAAACGGGCCAACUUGGAGCAGGAGAGGCAUCACAGGAUAUUUUAAUUUCCAGUGUCUAUACUUUUACAAAUAAAUUCAUAAAAGUUUGUCAGCAUCACCAGGAAGGGUUCAGAAUUCACACUCAUUGCAGUGGAAGUUCGAAAACACAAUGAAGUAAUUUUUUUUUUUUUUACAUGUGAAAUUUCAUCACUUUUUCACUUACUAGUGGCUGCAUUUGUUGUUAUAGGUACACAUUUCUUCAUAAGUAAGAGAGAUGCUUCGAUGAGUUUUGCACAGCAUACAUACCAUACUUGCAGGUGUAUGAAACUCUAGAAUUUAUUUAAUUUAUGAAAAAACGAAUGAGCUGUUAUAUUUUUAAACUUCAUGUUAAGAAAAAACACAAAUUUUAUAGUUAAUUACCUCAAUUUUUACCACAGUUUUAAUAGAUUUCGAAAAUUCUAGAGUUUCAUACACCUUUAAGUAUGGUUUGUAUGCUGUGCAAAAUUCAUUGAAGCAUCUCUCUUACUUAUGAAGAAAUGUGUACCUAUAGCAACAAAUGCUGCCAUUAGUAAGUGUAAAAAAAAAAUGAUGAAAUUUCACAUGUAAAAAAAUUACUACAUUAUGUUUUCGAACUUCCACUGCUAUGAGUGUGAAUUCUGAAUCCUUCCUGGUCAUGCUGACAAAGUGUUAUGAGUUUAUUUGUAAAAGUAUAGACAGUGGAAAUAAAAUGUUCUUGGUGCGUAUCCUGCUGCAAGUCGGCACGUUUGACGUCCUACUCCCCUUAAGGAAUGAGGGAGGUGAUACAGAGAGAUUAAAAUCAGUGGCUUUCAUGCUGUAUAUGGCAAUUUAUCUUCAAACUGUUUCAUCACCACCAAGUGCAAAGUUAAAGUGGUUUUUAAUCUCUCGCCAAACACAGCAGUCGUUUCGAGGUCCUCCGGAGGUAACCUGAUGUUGUGCACGGGUGGGAUUUAUGAGAUCCCGUGUGAGUGUGGCCAUUCAUACAUUGGGGGGAUAAUGCCUACAGUCUGUGAAAGGUGCACUGAACUGAAAGCAUGCUCCUCCCUUACAGCCCAAUAAAUCAGUUGUGACAGAGCACUGCAUCUACACCAUUCUCUCAGUGUAGCAUGAUGUUACCGAAUUUAUGGCAGGCUCUUCAUCUUUUUGGGACUCAGUGGUGAAGGAUGCAGGCUCAAUGGUGAAGGAUGCAGGCUCAGUGGUGAAGGAUACAUUACAAAUUUAGUGAAGAACUUAAUUAACAAACAUAGUGAUUUCAGCAUGGAAUCCAGCACUUUCUUUAACAAACUUCCAAAGAUGUUACUACAGUGCUGCAACUAAAGACAGGUCGAUAUCUCAGCACGCGUCAACCAACUGACCGCAGAUUCAGUUUACGCAUAGCUCUUUACGCCAAAUGACAUCUCUAACACUCGUGUAUCUGCCGCAUGCACAGUGGUUAAAUAGCGUCAGUGUGUCAUAUCGGUUGGAAGGUGGUCAAACGAUAUAUGGCCAAGAUAUCAGGUGAAGAAAUAGGACCUUAACAGUUGCAUGCCCAGAAUGUAAUGGACCAAUAUAAUGUGCUGUAUGACACUUUCCUGAUGUAACAAUUGCUUGAAAGUUUUUCAGAUGUAGUGUCAGAUGCUCUUGUGAAAACUGUAAAUUAUCUCAAUGGAGCAAUUGCUUGUCCUCUUGUGAUGAGACUGUGGUGAGCUGUGGUGGCAGUCCUCACUAGAAUUGCGUAGGAGGGGCUUUCAAACCGUCACAGUGGAUGCGGAAUUCCAGAGCCAUCUGCAGUUUGUGUCAGGUCCUGUACCUAGGUGGUGGUUGGCAACAGCGUAAGUUUCUGGCUGAUCUAGCCUGGUGUGGUAGUAUAAGAUUAUGUGGUCUGCUGUGACCUAUUGGGACUCCACUACCAGAGAACCAUUCAAAAUAAGUUUCCCAAAUGAUUCAAUUGACAGAUGUAGGAACUCAGUUCAGCAAGUUGUCGGAACUGAUGUCAUCACACUAAAAUCGGGGAAACAGACCCGAUAACUGGACCUCGGAGCCGGGUCAGCUCGCCCAGGUGCCGGUGGCUCGCCCCGUCACGUAUGCGAGGCUCUGCGCGGUCACGUCUUUCUUCAGCCGGACUCUCUGGAAGCCAGUUCUCUUGCACUGAUGUGAUGCCCACAAUUCCCAACCGACCUCUCAGUUGCUUUGCUUUCCUAGCCAGCGAGUUAGCACGUAUGCUGCUCUGCUGCUACACCUCCCCACAGUCACACCUGAAGAUGACGAGUAAUUAUCCUCUUGAAAUACUGCAAAAGUUGUCCUGGCUGCAGCUGACAUUACACAUGAGAACCUCCCAAGCUGGCAGAUUGCUCAAAUACGUCAUCCAUCCAAUACACAAUGGUCCACCUGCAUAGAAAAUUAGCCAAUGUGUGAUGAAGAAAAUACAGCUGAAACUGUUAGAUUGACCUGGAAAAGUGGAGUCUACAAAAGUAAAUGAUGAACACUGUAAACUAUACUGCAGUACCAGAACCCAUUGUAGGCACACUUUCCGUGAGAUGUGGGCAGUUAGCUGAGCUGUCAGGAUACACCUUUGGAUCAGACCAGAAGCAACAAUUGUAAGCUCCUUCUCACAUAUUUGUACUUCAGUCUUGAGUGAGGUAGCUAAGGCAAUGAUGGAGACACAGGAUUCAAUUAAAAAAGAGUGAUGUUGCAAAUCCCUGUCCAGCCUUAUCUGUGUUUACUAUGAUUUCUUUAAGUCACUUAGGACAAAUGCCCUGAUGAUUCCUCUGGAAGGGAUACAGCUUAUUUAUUUUCCCAUCCGUCCCCACAGCGAGCUUGUGAUCUGUCUGUAACGACCUAUAAUUUGGCUGAUGGGACAUAAACCCCCUAAUCCUUCUUUUUUACAAUAUCCACAAAAGUUUCUCCAGACUGGUGCCACAUUAGCAUUCCUCAUGAAGAGGCACAGAAUUUUAACCAGCCAAAAUGUAAUCAAAAUGGUUGUUGUUUUCUGGAAAUUAACUAAUUCUCAUGCUGUCACAAAACUGAUCUGUGCUCUUUCGUGUUUUCUUUAAUGUUGCUAAUAAGGAAGAUCACCGUACCUCCUCGGCAAUCUAGUCGUGUAUAAAACUGUAACUGAGAAACAGUGCUGUUGAACUGUGUAAUGUGUUGAAUGUGGAGUGAAGACAGAAGGUGCAUUCAGUCCACAGACAUCUGAAAGAUUGAAAAUGUUGCUGAGAUUUUGGUCUACCACCUACUUCAGAGCUAACUAACAAAACCACACUAAUGUGUAUCCUUACAAACAUACACACACAGUUGUCUGCGCACACAGUUAGCUUGUCCCAACUAACUACAUUGUUUCUGUGUGUUUUGUAUAUGUUCAGUGAAAUAAGACAUGCAGUUUUUGUGGGAUGACUGACUCCAAAUGCUUGUCACACGCAGUUCCUGUCACAAUGUUCUCUCACUAACAGAUGGGGAUGGACUUUCAUGCAUUACCUGCUGCCAUUCCUAUCAGGUUUGGAAGCAAUUUUGAUUCACAAGCCGUGAAACAUGUCUCCAGUCACUCUCGGUCAGGAUAUUUUUCCAACCACAUUUCUGACAUUGUGUUUCAUGGCUACAUUCAUUAUACCACUGAUGUAGGCAAAUUGAAUGGUCCACUGCAAACCAACAGAUCCAGCAACUUAACUUCACACAUUCUACAUGGCCAUGGGCACGGUCAAACAUGAUUGCCUGUUUUUGCUACUCUGUCAUGUUCUUACAUUGACACAUGUUUAUGUACAAUAUCCAUUCGAAACAUAAAUGUCUCACUGAUCAAUACUUCCAGAUGCUGACAUAGAGGCAGUGCACAGUUGAGCAUGUCACUUGAUUGCUGCACCAUUUGUAAAGGUCUACGAUUCAUUUGUGUGUGCGCAUUGUGGUGACUAGUUUUUUGUCCGGUGAUCUUAUUAUUGCUUUAGCUGAAAUAAUAUCAGAAUUCUAAAUCUCUUUAUACAAAUGAAGAACUGCUCAACUCAUUGAAAAGAGAAAGGAGCCAUCAGCUUUAGAUGCAACAAAAAAGAUUUGUUGAAUCCUGUGUCAAAAUUCUAUAUUGUUUAAAUCAACCAAUGGUAAAUCCAGGAUGGAAUGUAACAAUAUUAUUAUUAUUAUUAUUAUUAUUAUAUAUUGUUUAUUUAGAAGUGACUCUUUCUCCAAUUGUUGUCAAAUGGUUUAACUUUAUCUGUUCUGACUGUCAUGUGGGACAGUACAGAAACUUUCAGUUUGUUCCCUUCCUUCUCACAUAAAAUCCGAAGUGCGCCUCCUUCACAUCAUUUGCAUGACAGAUCUAAAGACAGGUAAAUUCAGACUGAACAUGACCUAUUUUCUUCCAUACUUUGUGUAUUAUUGAUGGAUCAGCCAGAUACUGUGUAUUUCCCAUUAAAAACAUGGAGGCUUUGUGCACAGUGCACACAGCAUUUGCAUAAAUAUCAUAUUAAGAGAAUAUUUAAGAUACCAACUCUCACAAUCAUUUGUAAUACCUGAUCUUUCUCAGUAGAUAUGCUCUAAAUCUCCCCAUCAUUUCUUCCCCUUGGUUAACUAUUAUCUGGAAGAGGAAUUAAUGGGUCACAAGAUGUGAUGGGCAUGCUAAAGAUUCAAGUCAUGUGUAAGAAAGUCUUUGUGAUGGUGCUAUUAGAGGUAGCUCUAUCUCUAUCUGUAACUGGUGUUCUGAUGUUCCAAACCGGUCACUUUUGUCACUGUUUUAAUGACAGUGGUAAUACAGCUAUGCUCAUCUUCCACUUCUGUACCACAUAGUUAAAAUGUUAAAAUUGUUAAACAAAUGCACUAUAAUUGCAGUUCCGUAACAAGUACAGUUGAAUGUUUCGUCUAGGAGAAAACAGAAGAGGAUUUUGGGCAAUGCUGUUGUGCUUGUGUCUAUUUAUGUAUGUUCAAUAGUAUUUGUAAAUAAAAUGUUGUUUUAAUGUUUUGUACCAUUUUUUUGUUUGUUUAAUGUUUACUCAACUCCGAAGUUAUAUCCGUGACGGUGCACACUUUAAGUACAAAAAGGUCCUAAUAUUUAUCGCCGCAGAUUGUUAUACUCUCCUGUACUGUAAUGCACUGUCAUUUUCUUGUUUUCUUUAAUAAAAUGAGAAACAGUAAUAUA